GUAUGUAUGUUUAUGUACUUUGUGGGAUCUCUGAAGCUUCGUUCUGGGCGUCGUAAACGUUUUGCUCGUAUGCAUAUAUCUCACAUCGUACGGUGAAGGGUAUACAGAAACACUAUCGAUCAGGAAAUUACAUACGAUGACAGUUAUCGCUAUAAAAUCUGACACACGAGUAAGCUGUCACAGUGACGCGCAGGAAUUGAGAAAACCGAACAAAAAAAAAAAGAAGAAGUAGAAGAAGAAGAACUAAACAAUAACUGUAUAUUUAUUUCUUAUUUUAAAUUUCUUAAAAAUUUUCCGGUAGCUUUGGUUAUCCGUACCAAAAUACGAAAUAUUCUCUGUUUGGAUGUUUGCUUUUUUCUUUAUUAUUUCCUAUUCCAAUCUACUAUUGCAAUAAAUUCUAAAAAGAAAAGAAAAGAAAAAAAAAAAAAGAAGAGAAUAGAGAGAAACUUAACGAUUUGAAUGAGUCGAUUGCAUGCGGUUUUUGGGGCAAACUCCUCCAUUUAUGGAAAGAAUUGAUUUAGUGUAAAAAAAUGGUUGCUUGGUCUAGCGUACGCAAAUUUACUGCCAUCGCUCUUGGCACCGGAGCCGGUUUAGGCGCCUAUUUGUAUCACCGUUUAGGAUCGGAUGAGAGAAAGGUGCACGCGUUAUGGACAAUUAGCGAUACAACGGUUAAUCCUUACGCUUUAUGGGAUAGUAAUUGGGAUUAUCGCAGUCCAAGGUAUUUAGUGAAACCUAUAGUAAAUACUAGCACGCAAGAAGAAAAUCGUUAUAAUGAUGAUAUUGAAAGAGUAACACCUCGCUCGGUAAGGCAUAUAAUAUUAGUACGUCAUGCUGAAUAUAUGCAUGCCGGCGAUACAGAUGAUACGCAUAAUCUUACGAUGAGGGGAUGCGUGCAAGCGAAAUAUACAGGUAGACGUUUAAGAGAGUUGGGUGUAAGGUGGGAUAAAAUUAUUAUAUCAACAAUGACUAGAGCCCAGGAAACUGCAGAUAUUAUUUUGAAAGAAAUUGAUUUUGAUCCUGAGAGAUUGGUGAAUUGUUCCUACAUACGUGAAGGGGCGCCGAUACCUCCGCAACCUCCAGUAGGACAUUGGCGUCCUCCGAAAGCGUUCUUUCGCGACGGUGCACGUAUAGAGGCGGCUUUUAGACGUUAUUUUCAUCGGGCCUUGCCCACUGAAAAAGAAGACACUUACACACUGAUCGUGGGUCAUGGCAAUGUUAUACGUUAUUUUGUCUGUCGGGCCUUGCAAUUUCCACCGGAGGCUUGGCUGCGCAUCAAUAUUAAUCAUGCCUCGAUCACAUGGUUGACUAUACACCCAUCCGGUAAUGUGACAAUAGAGUGUUUAGGUGAUUCCGGUUUCAUGCCUCCAGAAUAUUUAACAAAUCGUGUACCAGUUCUAUCAAAAGGUUUACUUUAAUUAUUAUUUAAAAAAAAAAAAAACAAAAACAAAAACAAAAAAGAAAACAAACCAAACUCGGAACCAUGAACUUUCACGAACUAUAUACCCGAAGAAGAUGAACGAUAUGAUUUGUAAAUGGAGAAGAACCCUUUGAUAUAUACUUUAAAUCAACUAACUAUAUACUUCGAAUUGAUCUGAUUUGAUCUGGAGGAAUUACAUUUCAUAAAUUUUUAAUUAAUAUUAAGUAAAUAAAAUUUGCCAUAACAGAGUACCGUAAAGGAGGAAGGGGGAAGGGCGACAUAUAUAUCAACAUUCCAUCAUCCUGAUUGCUAUUUGUACUUGGGGAAAACGGCUAAGAUAUGUAUGCGAUUCGAAUUUGAAGAGAUGCUUGCUUAUCAUGUACAUAUGUAUAUCGAUUCUAUUUCAAAAUUAAGUUGCGAACAAGUCCACCCGAAAGCAGAUACGUGUCUCUUAAGGUUUCGUAUGUUUUUUAAAUUGUCAUAUUUUU